AGUGUAUAGCCUGUUAGCUCCUCGUCCAACCGGCAGCACUUGCUCACUCGGACCACAUUGACGGCCGCAGUGAGAUCCUGCAGAGAAUCCAAGGCCAGUAGCAGUUCUUCGGCUUUCAGCGGACGUUCUGUUUAGACGCUACAAUGCGUGAGUGCAUCUCUGUCCAUGUAGGCCAGGCUGGUGUCCAGAUGGGGAACACCUGUUGGGAGCUUUACUGCCUGGAGCACGGCAUCCAGCCGGAUGGCCAGAUGCCCAGCGACAAACCCAUUGGAGGCCAUGAUGACUCCUUCACCACCUUUUUCAGUGACACUGGGGCUGGGAAGUAUGUCCCCAGAGCAAUCUUUGUUGACCUGGAGCCCACCGUCAUUGAUGAAGUGCGCACAGGACCAUACCGCCAGCUCUUUCAUCCUGAGCAAAUGAUCUCAGGAAAGGAAGAUGCAGCCAACAACUAUGCUCGUGGACACUACACCAUUGGCAAGGAGAUUAUUGACCCUGUUCUGGACAGGAUCCGCAAACUGUCUGAUCAGUGCACUGGUCUUCAAGGCUUCCUGGUCUUCCACUCCUUCGGUGGUGGCACUGGCUCAGGUUUUACCUCCCUGCUGAUGGAAAGGCUCUCUGUUGACUUUGGCAAAAAGUCUAAGCUUGAGUUUGCCAUCUACCCAGCCCCCCAGGUUUCCACAGCUGUGGUGGAGCCUUAUAACUCCAUCCUCACCACCCACACCACCCUGGAGCACUCUGACUGUGCCUUCAUGGUGGACAACGAGGCCAUCUACGACAUCUGCCGCAGGAACCUUGAUAUUGAGCGCCCAUCAUACACCAACCUAAACAGACUCAUUAGCCAAAUUGUGUCUUCAAUCACAGCCUCGCUUCGCUUUGACGGAGCGCUGAAUGUUGACCUGACAGAGUUCCAGACCAACUUGGUGCCCUACCCUCGUAUCCACUUCCCUCUGGCCACCUACGCUCCAGUCAUCUCUGCUGAGAAAGCCUACCAUGAGCAGCUGUCAGUUGCUGAGAUCACCAACGCCUGCUUCGAGCCAGCCAAUCAGAUGGUGAAGUGUGAUCCUCGUCAUGGCAAAUACAUGGCCUGCUGUCUGCUGUACCGUGGUGAUGUGGUGCCCAAAGAUGUCAAUGUGGCCAUCGCAACCAUCAAGACCAAGCGCAGCAUCCAGUUUGUGGACUGGUGCCCCACAGGCUUCAAGGUGGGCAUCAACUACCAGCCUCCAACUGUGGUUCCUGGAGGAGACCUGGCCAAGGUGCAGAGGGCCGUGUGCAUGCUGAGCAACACCACAGCCAUCGCUGAAGCCUGGGCCCGUCUCGACCACAAGUUUGACCUCAUGUAUGCCAAGAGAGCCUUCGUCCACUGGUACGUUGGAGAGGGGAUGGAGGAAGGAGAGUUCUCAGAGGCCAGGGAAGAUAUGGCUGCUCUGGAGAAGGAUUAUGAGGAAGUGGGGGUUGACUCAUUUGAAGACGAAGAAGAAGGAGAGGAAUAUUAGAAAAGUAUAGCUGUCAUUUGCCGUUUAUAUGCAGUAACAAAUUGUUUUUUUCUUUUUAAAAAAAGUCUGUAUUUUGGUUUCAAACUCAGAAAUAUGACCUUUUUAAUUUAAAAAAACCUAAGUCUGAAAUAAUUUAUCCCAUCAUGUUCCAAUUUACAGCUUCUUUGGCAGUUUUUAAUAUGUUUACUGUAUUUAUUUGUUUUACCAAUACAGUAAAAGAUGCACAAUAACCAAAUUUUUAUAAGUUUGAAGCUUGUGUUGUCACUCAAUAAAUCUUCUCCUAAAACA